AUGAAGAAGACAAGGCUGUGCACCGCGUGGAAGAAGACGACUGCUGAACUGGAAGUGGCAUUGGCAGCUGAACAAAGGGCAUACAAGCAAGCCAAACAUCAGGCAACCCAAUUAAGAUGGGACUUUCUUACGGUCCAGACAACGGAUGCAAAGAAGAAGAAAUGGAAAUCUCAGACGGCCCACGAUAGAUUCCUUUGGUUACGACGAAUGAAGCAACGAGAGGAGGCAAGGCGCCGUCGUUGCGCCCAACAAAAAGGAUUUACAGGGGGUUUACGGGCUAUUCAGAUUGAAGAACAAUUACCAGACGGCACUUCGCAGCUGCGUACUAUCACCGACCGUGCUCUGGUGGAAGAAGGUUGUAUGCAAGAAAACGCGGCACG